AUGUAUCACAGAGAAGACAUCGCCAAAUAUCUAGAAAAAGGGAGAAUGGAUCCAGUUUUCAAGAAAGAGGACCCCCUGGAGAAGACCAACUAUAGACCUCUAAUUGUAUUAACAGUGGUUGACAAAAUAUUUGAGCAGCUUCAAAGUAAACAGAUGCCAAAAAAUCUUGAAACGAUUUUUGACCUAUUCAUGUCAGCCUACCGUAAAAUGUACAGCUGUCAGACCACC